ACCCUCACUACAGUACCUACACUCUUACCUAGGUAUCUAUUGAAAAUGCCCGCCAUCUACCCCGACCUCCUCAACAAAACCGUCCUCAUAACCGGCGGCGCAGACGGCAUCGGCGCAGCCACAGCCUCCCUCUUCACCCAACAAGGCAGCAAAAUCCUCACCACCCACGGCCCCAUCCACAUCCUCAUCAACAACGCCGCCGCAACAGGCGCCGCCGGCCGCUUCACCACGGAGACAGCCACCCCCGCAGCAUGGGACACCAGCGUCAACGCCAACCUGCGGCACGUCUUCUUCCUAACCCAGGCCGUCAUCCCCGGCAUGAAGACCCUCGGCGGCGGCUCCAUCGUCAACCUCGGCUCCAUCACCUGGCGCAUCCCCGACGGGAGACAGCCCGUGUACGCGGCGUGCAAAGCGGCCGUUAUGGGGUUGACGCGCGUGCAGAGUAAGGAGUUGGGGGUGCAUGGUAUCAGGGUGAAUAGUGUGAUGCCGGGGGCGAUUGCGACGCGCAGGCAGAGGGAGGAGGUGUUGACGCCUGAGUAUCGGGAGGAGGUGAUGAGGGCGCAGAGCUUGCAGAGGGAUUUGGUGCCUGAGGAGGUUGGGAGCGUGAUUUUGUUUUUGGCGAGUGGGGAGGCGAGUGCUGUUACGGGGAGUUCGUAUGUGGUUGAUGGGGGGUGGUGUUCGGAUCCGUGA